AUGGCUACAAGUAAAAUUAUUGACUAUUUUAGAUUGAAAGAUAUUGUAAAUCAAAGAAUUGUGUAUGAUUUGCCUUUAAAUUACACUGAUUCUCAAUCUUCCUCCACUAUUAAGGUAGCUAUUACCAUUACUUCUAAAUAUGAUAAGAAUUUGCAUAAUGACAAAGAGGGAUUUGAAAAAGUGUUAUUACCUGAAAAACCAAAGAUAAUUGUAUAUUUACAGGGAGGGCCUGGGUUUCCAUGUCCAGUUCCUACUUCUAAUCUGGGGAAAACCAAAGUUCUAUUGGAGAAAGGAUACCAAAUUGUUUAUCUAGAUCAACGAGGCACUGGUUUAAGUACUCCUUUGGAAGUCAAAACAUUUAAAAAUUUGGUUUUGAAAGAGUACGGGAAUUUUGAAGUGGAUUCGCAGUUGAAGUUUAUUUUAAACUUCCGUGCUGACUCGAUUAUUCGUGAUUUGGAACAAAUUAGAAAAGAUUUAAUUGGGAAUCAUCACAAAUGGUCAAUAAUGGGUCAAUCAUAUGGUGGAUUUUGCUGUUUCACUUAUUUGUCUUUGUUCCCAGAAUCCAUUAGUGAAGUUAUUAUUACAGGAGGUGUGCCACCAGUUCAUUUCAAAGCUGAUGACGUAUACAAGGCAACAUAUCAAAGAACAAUUGAAAGAAAUUUGCACUACUACGACAAGUACCCCAGAGACCAAAUUAAAGUGGUUAGGAUUUGUGAAUAUUUGAAUGCAAAUAAGGUAGUUUUACCAAAUGGUGGUACUUUAUCUGUUGAAAGAUUUCAGCAAUUGGGUUUAAGAUUUGGUGGCACAGGCGGUACAGAUGGUAUUCAUCUUAUUGUCAGUAAAUUUGAUUAUGAUUUGGACUUGUUUGGGUAUCCAACUUAUGAUUUGUUAAAUACAAUUCAACAAUUUUUGGGGUUUGAAACAAAUGUGAUUUAUGCUUUGUUUCAAGAAGCAAUCUAUUGUAAUGGAAAUUCCAAGAGCAAUUGGAGCGCAGAUAGGUUGAGGUAUGCCCUCGACAAUGAAAAAUUGUUUACUUUGAACAAGGAACAAGUUUUCUUUACUGGAGAGAUGGUAUAUAAGUCCAUGUUUGACGAUUAUAGCGAAUUGAAGCCUUUUAAAGAGCUAGCUUACGCGUUACACGACUUUUCCGAGUGGUCGACCAUUUACGAUCCCAAAGUUUUGAAAACAAUCACUUGGGAUAAAGUGCCAAUUGUUGCAGCCACCUACUUUGAUGACCAAUAUGUCGAUUUUGAAAUAACAAGAAAAGUGAAACAAGACAUAAUUCCUCGUGGUAAUUUAAGACAAUUUAUCACUAAUGAGUAUUUUCAUAAUGGGUUAGGCCAAGAUCCCGAAACCAUAUUAUCGUCAUUAUUUGAUUUACUCGACAGAGAAAUAGAUUAA